AUGCCCGGGACAAAGAGAGGCCUUGUGGAACCACAAAAUACGUUCUUGGGAAACCUUGUCCAGUGUACAAAAGAGACCAGCUUCAUCCUGGGGAAUGCCCGGAUCGUGGAGUGGCCUGUAGUCUACAGUAAUGAUGGAUUCUGCAAGCUCUCAGGGUUCCACAGGACGGAGGUUAUGCAGAAGAGCAGCACUUGCAGUUUUAUGUAUGGAGAGCUGACGGACAAGAAGACGACAGACAAAGUCAAAGAGACCUUUGGUUCUUAUGAGUCCAACUGCUUUGAGGUCCUUCUAUACAGGAAGAACAGGGUACCAGUGUGGUUCUACAUGCAGGUGGCCCCCAUCAGAAAUGAGAAAGACAAAGUCGUUCUCUUCCUGUGCACCUUCAAAGACAUCACUGUCGUCAAGCAGCCCAUCGAGUACGAGUCCACUAAGGAUAAGGACGAGUCCACUCUAGGAUGUACCAAGUUUGGACGGCUGACCCGUGCGCUGACACAUAAUAACCGCAACACCAGUCACCACACGACACCACAGGAGCUCACUCCUAUGAGCAGCCAUGAGGUCAGCCAACCCAAGCAAUCCCGUCUGGCAGAGGUUCUCCAGCUAAGCUCCGUCAUCCUUCCCCAGUACAAACAGGAGGCUCCUAAGAGUCCCUCCCACAUUAUCCUCUACUGCACCUUCAAGACCACCUGGGACUGGGUCAUCCUCGUCCUCACCUUCUACACGGCAAUCAUGGUGCCCUAUAAUGUGUCCUUCAUGACCAAGCCGAACAACAUUGUGUGGCUGGUGCUGGACAGUGUGGUGGAUGUCAUAUUCCUGGUGGACAUCGUGCUUGACUUCCACACCACCUUCAUGGGGCCUGGUAGGGAGGUAAUCUCACACCCCAAGCUGAUCAGGAGGUACUACAUGAAGAUCUGGUUUGUCUUCGACCUGCUGUCCUACAUGCCCUACGACAUCAUCAUCACCUUUAUGAAUGUGGAUGAGGGUAUUAGCAGACUGUUCAGUUAUUUGAAGGUGGUGCGCCUGCUGCAUCUAGGCCGGGUCACCCAUAAACUGGAACACUACUUGGAGUAUGGAGCAGCUGUACUGGUCUUACUGAUGUGUUUGUUUGGCCUGGUGGCACACUGGAUGGCCUGCAUCUGGUACAGCAUUGGACACUAUGAGGUCAUCCACGAGGUCACCAACACCAUCAGGACGGACAGCUGGCUCUAUCACUUAGCCAUCAACCUCGGCUCGCCGUACUGCUACAAUACCAGUGGCUCAGGCCAAUGGGAGGGCGGCCCAGGGAAAAACUCUCUGUACAUCACCUCUCUGUACUUCACCAUGACCAGUCUGACCACCUUCGGGUUCAGCAACAUCGCCCCCACCACGGACAGAGAGAAGAUCUUCUCUGUGGUCAUGAUGAUGGUGAGAUCUUUUCUGUACGCCACCAUCUUUGGAAAUGUGACCACCAUCUUCCAGCAGAUGUACACCAACACCAACCGCAAACACAAGAUGCUGACCAAUGUGAGGGACUUCCUCAAGCUCUACCAGGUGCCCAAUGGGCCGAGUGAGAGGUUGAUGGACUCCAUCGUCUCCACAUGGUCCAUAUCCAAGGGCAUCGACACUGAGAUGGUGAUUUUCUGUAAGAUCAGUGACAUGAAGGAGGAGGAGUGCCAGCGGCAGAAGAAUGAGGUGCAGCUGACCAUCCCCCAGAACCACCAGGUCAGGAAGCUCUUCUAG